AUGCCGGUACUUCGCUUGCGAACGCCCCGAGGUGUUCACACGCUCGCCUUGGACGAUGCUGCAACGCUCAAGGACUUGCUCGAUGCGAUACUGGAAAAGGCUGGUCUAGCACUUCCAGGCCUAUCUGUCAGGUUCGGCUAUCCUCCUCGAGCUCUAGCACUCGACGACGCUUCACGGCCCCUCAGCAGUCUGGGCAUCGUGAAUGGGGAGGCCCUGAUUGUGUCGGGCGAAUCUACGUCCGAGACAGCAGGAGCGCAAGUGCCGAGCUUGGCAGGCCCGGGACGAAGAUCGCCAACUAGAGCGACAUCUGCUGCGCUGCCUACCGUUCCGCCUGCUCGAGGUCGACCAGAAGCGCUGCCAGCGGGGAAAUCUGACGAGAGGCGAGCGAAGCGCGUGCGGAAAGACAUCGCAGCUUCCGUAUAUGUACCCGCACAGAGCGGCUGGCUUGUCUUACGCGUCGCACCGGAUGAUAAUGCCUGCUUCUUCCAUGCUCUGAACAUGACUUUACGUCCCACUCAGCCGGGAGCAGCAAGCGAGCUGCGAGCGCUUGUAGCCAAUACGAUCAUGGCAGAUCCUGCCAAGUUUGACGAGGCCACUUUGGGAUGUACCCGAGAAGAGUACGCGCGCAAGAUAAGCCUGCCCAAAAGCUGGGGCGGCGCGAUCGAUGCCCUCGCCAUCAGCGAUGCUGUCAAAGUCGAGGUCGUGGCUGUCGAUAUCCAGACCGGACAAAUGCAUCGAUUCGGGGAAGAUCGAGGGUACGAGCAAAGAAUCAUCCUCAUCUAUGGCGGCCUGCACUUUGACGCAGUGACAUUCACACCCAUCGAGCCGUCAACGGAGAUUUCACGCUUCCCUUACGAUCUCAGCUUUGACACGACAAUGUUUGACUUGCGAGACGAAUGGGUCUUGGCCGCUGCCGCCGAGCUGGCCAAGGACUUGCGCGACAAGAAGUACUUUACAGAUGUAGCAAAUUUCACUCUUCGAUGCGGUCAAUGCUUCACGGGUCUGGUAGGCGAGAAGGAGGCUCGUCAGCAUGCUUCACAGACUGGACAUAGUAGCUUUGAAGAGUAUGAUAAGUGA